CACACCACACCGGUAGGGUGGUUGGGACCUCCGCCUCAUUUCGAUACUCCCGAGGGACACAACAAAAAGCCCAAACCCAGCAUCCAAAACCCCAUAAAUACAAUAACCCUUCUCCCCACCUCUCUCCCUCUCUGCGAACCUCAUUCAGUAGUCCUCAGUCCCACCAAAACCUCUCCUUCCCAUCCAUGGCCGCCCCACUCCACCUCACCACCUCUUUCAUUCCUUCUUCCUCCAAGCUCCGCCUUCUGUCUCCUACCCCUGCAAAACCACAAAAUUACAAGAAUACCAUCCGGAUCCGCUCUAAGAUCCGAGAGAUAUUCAUGCCCGCCCUCAGCUCCACCAUGACAGAGGGAAAGAUCGUCUCUUGGAUAAGAUCGGAGGGCGAGAAGCUGGCGAAGGGAGACAGCGUCGUCGUUGUCGAAUCCGACAAGGCCGACAUGGACGUCGAGACGUUCUACGACGGCUACCUCGCGGCCAUCAUCGUCGACGAGGGCGGCGUCGCAGCUGUCGGAUCGGCAAUUGCGCUACUGGCCGAGUCCGAGGAGGAGAUCUCCGAGGCCAGAUCCAAGGCCGCGGCGGCUUCUUCUCCCUCUGGAGAAUCCCUGGCUCCGGCUGUGUCUGCGGAGAAGCCCGUAAUUGCGGCACCACCACCGCCGAAGGCGGAGGUUUCUGUUGUGGCUUCUUCCGCGCAUCCCGCAUCGGAGGGAGGGAGAAGGAUUGUGGCGACGCCGUAUGCGAAGAAGCUUGCGAAGGAUUUGAAAGUGGAGUUGGGAUCAGUGGUUGGGAGUGGGCCAUUGGGGAGGAUCGUUGCAAAGGAUGUCGAAGCUGCUGUGGCUGUGGGCACUCCUCCUGCUGCUGCUGCUGCUGCUGCAGGUGCUGUAGAGAGUGUGAGGGCGGAGAGUACGAAAGCAGGGACAGUUGAGGUGCCUGCGGGCAUUGAAUUAGGAACCGUUGUUCCGUUUACAACGAUGCAGGGGGCCGUGAGUCGGAACAUGGUGGAAAGCUUGGCUGUGCCGACAUUCAGGGUUGGGUACACGAUCAUGACCGAUGCCCUCGACAGUCUAUACAAGAGAAUAAAGUCGAAAGGAGUGACGAUGACUGCAUUGCUUGCAAAGGCGACUGCUCUUGCUUUGGUUAAGCACCCAGUUGUGAAUUCUAGCUGUAGAGAUGGCAAGAGCUUCACGUACAAUAGCAGCAUUAACAUUGCGGUUGCUGUGGCUAUGGAUGGGGGUUUGAUUACUCCAGUUCUUCAGGAUGCAGACAAGGUUGACAUCUACUCAUUAUCGAGGAAAUGGAAAGAGCUAGUUGACAAGGCUAGGGCAAAGCAGCUGCAACCUCAUGAAUACAACACAGGUACAUUCACUCUUUCAAACCUUGGUAUGUUUGGUGUUGAUCGCUUUGAUGCAAUUCUGCCUCCAGGAACUGGAGCAAUCAUGGCCGUUGGAGCAUCCCAACCAACUGUAGUUGCUACCAAGGAUGGCCGGAUUGGUGUGAAAAGUCAGAUGCAGGUGAAUGUUACUGCAGAUCAUCGUGUUAUAUAUGGUGCUGAUCUGGCUUCAUUCUUGCAAACUCUAGCGAAGAUCAUUGAGGAUCCAAAAGAUCUCACUUUCUAGUCUCUGCUUCAAGGCCAUUGAAGUCUUCUUGAAUCAUUUGUUGAGAUUAUAUCUCGCAGGUAUUCAUCCAUAGUCAGUGAAUCUCGUCAACGUUGAUGCACCACAACCUCAAAUACAAGUAGACCAGCCCAUAUUAGUUGUCUUAUGAAUUGAAAUUCAGGCCUCGACUUGUUGGAUUAGGAGUUUCACCAUAUCCACUUUGUAGGAUUUAGGAGUGGAGCGGUGAAGAGAUGGCACUUCAGUUUUGGUUUUUGCAAUUUGUUUGUCUGAUGCUCCAGACAUCUGUAAUUUUAUUUUUGUUUUUGCAGUUUGGUUGUCUGAUGAUCCAGACAUCUGCGUUGCUUUAUAGUAUGUAUGAGUACAUCAUGUGGUGAAUAAUUUUGCGAAUCUUAUUUUAA